GUGCGCUGUUAUGUUCGGUUAUAAAAAAACGGGAAGUCUUGCCAAAGGAACAAAAGAUUUUUAAUUAACUAAACAGAAAAAGAAACAACAAGAAAAAAACCAAUUAAUUGUAUAAAAGUAAAAGAAACCCUUAAUGAAAUAAAAUUAACAAAAAAAGUGGCAAGAAUGCAUUAGAAAGUGCCAUGAAAUAGCAACAAAAUACCAAAGAAAAAAUUAGUUUUUUUGUUAAAGAAAGUAGGAAAUUUUCUGCAAAAGAUAAAAAAAGGUCAAUGAAAAUAAAAAAACGUCAACCGGACACCAACAACAAAGGAGCAAAACCCCAAAACAACAACAACAACCAAAAAAAAAAGGGUUAAAGGCUGUCAAAGUUUUUGGUUUUUGUUUUAAUAAAAAAAGAAGAACAACAAAAAUGAAAUUGGAAGUCUAGUAAAGUUAGCUAAAAGCGAAAAAUUUUUGAUAAUUUAAAAAAAGGAGAAAAAGAAAAAAGCAAAAUAAAGGCUCUUAUAAAAUAACGGCUUUAAAGAGCAUUGGAAUUUAAAGAGAAACAUUUGUGAGAGAGAAAAAGAGUAAUUGUAACCAACUCCAUUUGGGAUCUUUGUUUGAAAGAGUUAAAGAGAAACGGCCGUUAUUUUUCCAUAGUGGAAUCACGGCAUUGCUGUUAUUGGGAAGAGAGAGUCCUUGUCUGAGGCAAAGAGAAAGAGAGACAGAGUGGAAUAUAAAUAGCCCAAUUGAAGAGAAAUUCCAUUUUACGUUUGAAAAACAAUUGAUUGCUGAACAAGAGAGAAGCUGGUCUUUUCUUGGAGGUAUAAAAAAAUUGGGAGAGAGCAAAAAAGAGAAUAAGAGAGAGCAGCUAUAGCAUUGGACUCGGAAGACCUUUAAUAGAAAAUUAACAAAGAAUUAAUUCAAAGCUCCCCAAAUUAAACGGAAAAAAGGCAGUUUUGGAAUUUGAAAAAAAAAAUUAAUUUUGUUUGGAAAUCCUACCGCCCCUCUUUGGCGAUUUUGAAGACUUUGUAAAAGUCUCUCUCAUUUGAAAUCGAUAAAAAAAUCUCAAAAAGUCCUCUAUGAUUUUUCCAGCUCAAGCAUCCUCUUAACACUCUCUCAAAACUAACUUCCCCUUCGCCCUCCCCCAAAAUUCUCGAUUCUUGUCUUGUUUUUCGCCAGGAGCGCGCCACGCCAAAAUACCGGCUACAAAGUGAAUUUAUUCCAGCAUACCAUGUCCUCAAUAUCGGCGCAAGGCGUGGUCGAACGUGCCUCCGCUGAACUAUCCAAGCGUAUCAAUGGCCUCGGCUUGCGUUCGAAACACCAUCAUGGCAAUAGUGGCAGCUCAACAACGACAACAACAUCGUCAGCAGCGGCAACAAACAACAGUAAUACAACAACUAGCGGCGGAGGCAAUCAGUCGGCGAAUAAUUCCUCUCCCAACUCUGGCAGUUCUUCGUCCUCAUCCUCGUCGUCUUCGUCCUCCUCUUCGACCAGCUCCUCCUCCAACUCCUCGUCGGGCAGUGGCAAGACCUCGGUAAUGGAACGCGUAACGAAUGCCCUGUGCGGUGGCAAUUCAAAUGCCAACUCCAAUUCGAAUGCGAACAAUUCCAGUCAAAACAAUUCCCAUGGUCAGAACACAACAACAGUGGCGUCAGCAAGCAGCAACCUGGUGACACCUGACAAACCCAGCAGGGCGGGCACCAUAACAACCAACACCCAGCAACAGACCCAUCACAGCCUGCAGCAUCACAUGACAACGACAACAACAGCCACCAGCGUCAACAGUUACCAGCUGCUGCAGCAGCAGUCCCACAAAACCCCUCCAGCCUCCACCCAGCAUCAGCAUCAGCACCAGCAGUAUUUAAGUUCACAGAUCGCCAACUCCACGCUAAUCAACUCGAAUCUCAUGAAUCCGGCCGGUCCACCACCCACGGUGGUCGCAAACAUUCCACUGGGGGCGCCACCCACGCCCACAGUCAAUUCCAUUGCCAAGCAGAUGAACAUCACCAUACCCGGCACUCCGGGCACCCCUGCACCCCAGUUCACCACCAUGGGCAUGGCGGCGGCCCAAAAGUCCCAGUCUCUCACACCCCUGCAAAUGCGCAAACAGCUACCCAAUCCCCAUCUGCAUCAUCCCUAUGCCUCGGCAGGCGUGGGCGGCGGUGGAACAGUGGCGGCCACCCAACUGGCCGCUGCCGUAACCCAGUCCGCCCUCAUUCUACCCAAACAACCCCCGCCCAUAACAAGCAUCGACUCCCUGAUGCAGGACGAGCGUUUCCUCAACAAAUUCUUUCUCUACUUCAAUUCCUAUGAGCGGCGAAUCCUGGCUCAAGUCUGCAUGAAAUGGCGUGAUGUGCUCUAUCGCAGUCCGAGAUUUUGGUCUGGCCUAUUGCCGACACUGCAGUGUCGUGAGCUGAGACAAAUGAAUGCCACCGAUCGGGUGAAACUCUUCAAUUCGUUGAUACGUCGCGGAUUCCAUGCCCUGGCCCUGGUCGGGGCCAAUGACGACGAUGCCUACGAUGUGGUGCAUUCGUUUACGCUGGCCUCGAAGCACAUACACUCGUUGUCGUUAAGAUGUUCCUCAAUAUCGGAUCGUGGCCUGGAGGCAUUGCUAGAUCAUUUACAGAGCCUCUUCGAAUUGGAACUGGCUGGCUGUAAUGAGGUCACUGAAGCUGGCCUCUGGGCAUGCCUGACACCGCGCAUUGUUUCAUUAUCCUUGGCCGAUUGUAUAAAUAUUGCCGACGAGGCUGUGGGUGCUGUUGCUCAGCUAUUGCCAUCCUUAUACGAAUUUUCAUUGCAAGCCUAUCAUGUCACCGAUGCUGCUCUGGGCUAUUUUUCACCAAAACAAAGUCAUAGUUUAAGUAUAUUACGCUUACAAUCCUGCUGGGAAUUAACCAAUCAUGGCAUCGUUAAUAUCGUCCAUUCGCUGCCGCAUUUGACAGUUUUAAGCUUAUCCGGUUGUAGUAAAUUGACCGACGAUGGUGUGGAGCUGAUUGCCGAAAAUCUACAAAAACUACGAGCAUUGGAUUUGUCAUGGUGUCCACGUAUAACGGAUGCCUCGCUGGAGUAUAUUGCCUGUGAUCUAAAUCAAUUGGAAGAAUUAACGUUGGAUAGAUGUGUCCACAUAACCGACAUUGGUGUUGGCUACAUCUCCACCAUGCUCUCGCUAACCGCUUUAUUCUUACGCUGGUGCUCACAAGUUCGUGACUUUGGCCUACAACAUUUGUGCUCAAUGCGUAACCUGCAGGUCCUCUCGCUGGCCGGCUGUCCAUUGCUUACCUCAUCGGGUCUGUCCAGUCUCAUACAGUUGAGGCAUUUGCAAGAAUUGGAGCUGACCAAUUGUCCGGGUGCAUCCCAGGAACUCUUUGAAUAUCUCAAAGAUCACAUGCCUCGUUGUUUGAUAAUUGAAUAAUUGUCGAAAGAAAACACCCAAACAAAUAAUUUUUUUUUGUAACUUAUUUUCGGUGUAGUCUUAUUAUAUAUACAUAUAUAAAACAA